AUGACCCCAGUUGCAACCCCAGACAGCACAAUCAGUGGACUCUCUGCUUGGGCAGGAGACAGGUUGGCAGAGCAAAUGAGACGGGAAGAGGGUAGCAGGGGGCCACGCGAGUGCUGGGGGAUAUAUAGGCAUUGGAAGUACAUCGGGGUACCUGAUGAGACGAAACUACCAAUGGCGGAUUUCGAGACAGGCCCUUUGAUGUGGCUCCAUUUCAGAGUCGACAUCGACGUAUCGCAGACUGGAGCUCCACCAGGAGGAAUAGGGCGAACGGAGGACUUCGGGAAGAUGAACGCUGUCAAAGAGCCAGAUGGAUGGGACGGCAAGCCGGCAGGAGCCAGGGUCCUAGCUGGUUGGGCAGGGAUGGGUGGACCAGCCCUGCCAGUGGCUAUCCACGAUGAGCUCGCAUACACACGAGGUACUUGGAGGUACUUCAUGCUCUACGAUUGUCCUCGAUCGCCCGAUCAUGCUGGUGAAAUGCGGGCCUUUUCCGCCCGUACGAGGUUGCCGCCGUGGAUGCCGACAGUCGAGGGCGCAGAGCACUCUGAUGAUGCUCUCUGCAGCUCCCCACAUGGCCUGCACCGUGCAGGACCCGCCCACGUCAUGAUCGCUCCCAUCCCCGUUUCGGUUAGCCCCGACGCUAUAGCGCCGUCCUGCCUGCGCCUUCCCUGGUUGGGCGCCCACGAGAAUCGUCCCGGGGAUCGCUUCCGGCUUCCUCCGGUGCCUGCCAACUAUAUGUCCGCCAGGCUUCAUGCACACAUUCGCAUUGACACUGCGCGAACAAUGGCCCUGCAACAAGCUGAACCCGGAUCGUGGUCAUCUGUCUGCAUCACUUGUCCAUGGAUCUUGACCGGCUUCAUCUCGGGUUCCCGAGGUAGUGUAUCCGGGCCAUAG